AGUGCAGCUCAGAAGGCUGGUGACCGAGGCAUCUUGAACACACCAUUACUGCUGCUAUAGGAAAUGAUAGAAGUGAAGGGCAUGACUCCAAGCGAAGACCCCCCCUCUAAAGCGGUCGACAUCUAUCGUGACACAUGGGUUCGCUUUUUAGGCUAUGCCAACGAGGUGGGCGAGGCUUUCCGGGCCCUGGUGCCGGUCAGCAUGGUAAGGGCCACCUAUGGUGUGGCCACCGUCUAUGUCACCGCUGACGCUGUGGACAAAGGGAAGAAGGCGGCGGCGGCUCAUGGAGACGGCCCUGGGAGGACAGCCAAGGUGGCUGCUGCUGUGGUCGACACCUUUGUGUGGCAAGCCCUUGCGUCUGUGGCCAUCCCCGGUUUCACCAUAAACCGUGUGUGUGCCGGCUCUCUCUACCUGCUGGGCCGCACCACCAAGUGGCCCCUGCCCGUCCGCAAGUGGACCACCACGGCCAUCGGCCUGUCCACCAUCCCCUUCAUCAUCACUCCCAUAGACAGAUCUGUAGACUUGCUGCUGGACGCCAGCCUUCGGAAGAUCUACGGGGGAGGAGAGAAGCAGGACUGAGGGGGAGACCCAAAAGGAGGAGAACAGAUGCUGUGGAGGCCUGACACCUCAUCCUGCUCAUGGUCCUUUGUGAACUGUGCAAUACAGUGCUGGUUCUUCCAGGAGUACAAUGGUUUUAUCUUUAUUAAUGCAUCCACACAAUAUACAGAUUAAUACAUUAUUCUUGUUGACAAUGCUCUAUUGAUCAUAAAUAAAGAUUUUUAGAUGCUUUGUAAGAGACUUUCCAAAGCAUAUAAGAAAUGAUAAAAACAAAGCAGACUAUAUUUAUUUCCAUAAACUUUAGGAAUAUUUCACCAGUACAUCUAAUCUGGGACUAUCAGUCAUUUGUUUAAAAUUAAAUCUGAAAAUUAGAUUGUAAGGAUUACUCUGCUGAAAGAAGGGAUGUAGUGGAUACGAGCCAUGUUCACAAAGGUCGAACUCAUGUUACACACACUGGUGGUUUAUGAGCCAUACUCUCUGCUGCUAUUGUGACAGCAUGGUGUCCACCAUGUUACGCUCUUACUGUAAUAUUUCUACUUCUUUCACUACUGUUUCACACUCCGGUUACUGCUGUUCCACACAAUGUGUUCACUUGUGAAGCCAUUUCAUUAAGCACAAGAGAUCGUUUUUUUACCCAUAGCAAAGUGUAUAGUCGAUUGAUUUAUCGUAUGCCUUGACAUUAAGGUGUACUUUAUUUGAAUGUUUGUGGCAUCUUGUCACGAUAGAUGUUAAUUACUUUAAAUGUAGGAAAUAUGUGGAUGAUGACCUAGCUAUUGUUAGUGACCUCACUUAUGUACGAUGAGCUCACAGAUAUACACUGGGCUUUCAAUGAUAUGGUUUACUCAGGCGUAAUACAUGUAUCGUUCAAGGUAUUUUGUAUUGAUUAUUAGGACUUGGUAAAUCAUUCCUCCAUAAUCGUUCAAUGGUUUGGAGAAAAAUUGUGUCACUCAGUCAGGAGUCCUAGAUUAAGUCCAUAAAAACUCUUCUGUCCAAAUACUUAUUGCUGUAUAAAUGAGAAGGAUGGCAAAGACAAAUAUACUAACAAAUAUAUAUUUUAUUACUGUUGGGUGGUAAGUGUAUACUGUAGCUAUGCAAGGGAAACAUAGGUGGGACCUGUUAACUGGGCAUUCAACUAUAAGGGAAUUUUUCAAGCAGACUUUUUAACCAUCUCUUUUCUUUUAAUGUUUUGUUCUGUUGCACUUUGUCAAAGCUUUAGGUUUACUUUUAAGUGACACGCCAAUAAAUCAAUGAAAACCUA